UCAACAGCCAGUGAGUGCCGCGCGCUCGCGGGGACGGACGUGUCGCCCUGCGUACUGAGCGCUCUCGUGUGUGUGACUUACGCGGUGCUAGUGUUAACGCGCUCCUUCUACUAUAGUACGCAUAUUAUAGUAUUGCUCGAGUGACGCUUCGUUCAAGCAUGCUGAUGGUACAGACCAACACACAACCCAUGAAGAACAACAAGAUCAAAGGACCACCACCGGUGCCUCCGCGCCCCAACCAGAGCGUGGUAGCGGAGGCACUGGCAAAAACAAGGAAGGCCGUGGCGGACUCUAAGGCCAGCUUUACGAAAUCGCGUGCCUUCUCCAAACAAGACAACCACUACACAUCAAAAGCAAAAACUUUGGAUAGAGCUAAUACUGUUAGUGAAUCAACAGUGUCACCCAAACAAAAUGGAUUAGCAAGAGUCAAGUCGUUCAUUAGAGAUGUGAUCAGUGACCGAAGUUCUUCGUCGGAUGAGAGAAAAUCCAGUGGUCAGAAUUCACGAAGAAGCUCCAGCGACAGCAGUUCUAUUCCAACUCCAACAUCGAAUAAAAAGUCAAAUGAAUCGCUCAACUCUAAAGCAGUCAAAACAUGCAGACAGAUAUUAGUAAGAUCACUCUCAACAUCGAACAAGUUGGAUCAAGACUCCAAAUGCAAAGUAUCAAAGUCAUCCAGUUUUGCAGAGAAGACACUACCAUUACGAAAAGCACCUCCGCCACCAUUGUCUCCAAAACCUAAGUUAAAGCCAAUGAAACCCUUGUCUGUAAAUAAAAGUCCUGUACAUAGCAGUAAGUCCAAGAUCUCACCAGAAAUAAGUCCGUAUUCGUCUCCUAUAGAUGCGAAGCCCCCGCAGUGUCCAGUAUCUGAAGCGCCAUAUGCAUCAGUGGAAGAAGUUCAGGAGUUCGAUGAUAGACUACGGAACAGUCCUUCGAAACAAAUAAAAACGUCGCCGGUUACACCAACCGAGUCAGGAAGUCCGAAAGUUGACGAUAGUGUAAAUAAAAAUAACAACUCGCUGGAAAGAAAAACAUCGCGAGUCACAGAAAUGUUAAUUUCGGAAAUCAUUGCUAGUAGAAAUAAUAAUAAAGACGAAGCUCACACUGUUAUAGAUAAAGGGAAAGAUGGUCUGACUAACGGCAACCAUUCUCCAGAAAUGGAAAUGAUGAAGGACAUGAACAACCACGAGAUGUUGAUAUACGAGUUGCAGACGAUGCGCUCGCAAUCCAACGUACCUGAAACUUUGGACGCCCCUGAGUACGCUGAAGCAAACGGACAAUGUGACUCCGAGGACUCUGAACAGAACUACGCCAUGUCUUCAGUAACGAGCGGGAAUACGGACGAUGAUCAGGCUUAUGCGUACAUACUCGACGAUGACCUCAAGUCUAGACUUCGUAAGCAGUUCCGCGCAAUCAGCACCAUGUCGCUGCAAGGUCUGCCUCCCCUGCCGAAGAGUCUCAGUGGCUUCGCAGACGGGGAACCCGAGCUGCAGGAUACUCCCUCCACGCCGUCGGACAAACCCCCCACGGAUCUCGACUCACAACUCGCUUAUCUCAAGAAAGAAAUGGCGAGUCUACGGCAGCUGGAUCUAUCCCUCCUCUCCGAGCUAUGGACGUUGAGCGAAGCCAUGGCAUCGUGGCGACGGCAGCUCGAACGAGGACCGCGCCUCCGUCCCGCGCCCCCGCCACCGCCGCCGCCUCACUACCUUCGGACAUAACCAUCCCGGUGGAAAAUAUACUAAACAUUAGUUGACACUUGACGUCUGACAACUGUCUCUUGCACUGCCCACUCGAUAAGAUGCGUAGGGUCACGUCCCUUUCAGGGUGCGUUCUCGAUUUGUACCGAUAAAAAUCGUGCGGUGCCCCUCCAAGGGUGCGUUCAUACUUCAUCGUUUUCAUCACUAUCGACUUACAUUUCAAUGGAAGUGUUCACAAUAUAAUGAUGCAUGAUGCAUAAUGAUGAAUGCUGGAUAGCCAAUAUUUUUGAAUAAAGACUAAAAUAAUAGGUAAGAUGAUUGUAACUAUCGUCACAAUACAACGGGAACGCUCCCUAAACAUCUUUACGUAGUGUGUAUGUGUAUGUGCGACAGGUGACGAAUGUACCAAGUCAUGUAAUUUUAUAGUUUGCUCGAAUGGUGCACUUGUGCAGAACAUGUCACGUGUGACAAAAGGACUGAUACGGUUGAACUGCGAGACUGGGUUGCCAUAGUUUUGUAUAGAGCUAAGCUUUUUCUCAAUUUAGGCGAGGCUAAUGUACAGUUGUUCAUUACAUAGAGCCGACUCGAGAUAGAUCAUAAUUUCGAAUAUAUAUAGAGUAAUAACAAAUGCUUAAAACUCUUAGGCAGCAAAACCUAAUAAUUAGUUAUUUCAUGUGGCAAUCCCAGGAAUAAUGUCAUAGUGGUUUCACCUGAUUUUCUCUAACAAUGUUGUUUGAACAAUUUCAUUGUAUUUAUUAAGUUAUAAUAAAAGUCUUGUAAAUAAAA